AUGUAUCACCCUUCGUACUCAAUGUUUCUCGACGACGUUAAAGAGCACCCCGUCGGCAAUCUUUCUUCGAAAAACACUCAAUUAGUCCAUGGCCACUUUAUGAAGCCGAAUUUAGACCGGAUCGAGGUUCUAAUAAUUGUCACAGAAACUCACUUAGCUCUAGUUGACGUGACCAUCGGUGACACUUUUAUUGUUUCGCCCCCUCUUCUUCAUCACAUUGAUAACAUCAAUUUGUCGUGCGGGUGUUUCGCUAAGGAGUCGAACACUUUUUAUUUGGUCAUGUACUCAAUUAAUGGUAACAAGAAGGAUUACAACAGCGUCUACAAAUUUUCUAUUACGUUCAAAGACCAAGGACUUUACGCGACCCUUCAAAGUCGAGUCCAGUUCACGAAGCAUUUGGUCCAAAUAUUUCCGUUUGACUACGACCUCUUAGUCGGCUUUGAGGACAGCACUUUUGUCAUGAUGUCGGACACAACGAAGUACUUUGCGAUCAAAAACAGACAAACACGAAAGAACGAGGAGAUCAAUGUGGAGACACUCCAAAUAACAAAGGACGAGAGUCGAAUGAUGUACAUCAGAUCAGACAACGUGUUGGUUGUGAGUGGAUUAGUCCCGGGGAGUUCCAUGCCGAUCAUCCAAGCGACCAAUGUUAUUAAUAUGGAGGUGGAUUGGUACGACGUUGGUGUUGGGAUAUACUUUGCCGUUGUAGACAAGGAGGGUAAGAUCGUCGUGUUUCAAUUUUCACAAGCAAAUUACGAGUGCCACCGUGUGAGAAACAUUCAGAAGAAUGUGUUUGAAGAAGAGAAGUCGAAUUUCCUUCCGUCGGUUUCUUUUCUUCCCAAUGGGAAUAUUGUCGCACAAAUUAAAGAGGAGAGUGUCAUCUUGUCUACUGAUGGAAUUAUGAUGAAUAGAAUCAAGAAAACGGGGAAGUUCAUCAGUGACAGUAAUGGGUGUCGACUCUGGAAAGCUCAAUGGACUGGAGAAGACUAUUUAAGAGUUGAAGAGAUAAGGGUGGUGAACAUCUAUGAGAGUGAAGAAAUAGGAGUUGAAUACAGUUCGACAUUUAUUACAGCAAUUCCAAGCAAUUUGCAUCACAACAAAAAAUUGGCGACGUGCCAUAUUCCAUCUUCCGUGCUUCGGAAAUGCUUCUUUGAAAUUCAAUACUUGCAGGUCUAUGAAAUGAACGGAGAGUUCCUCGUGUUGUUACAACAAACACAUGUCUUAUGGGUAUUCAACUUUGACGCUAGUAUACUCGCAAGUAUUCCUAUAGACCCAUGUUGUCUGAACUCGUGCGUACAAUGGUGCUUUAUAAAGAAUUUUCUUGUCAUCUUUCAAUUCUUCCCCACCUUAGUUAACAUCUCGAUAUUCAAAUACCCAAAUUUCAACGUCCAAAUAUUUUCGACGACAGAACCCAUCCCACCACUCACACAAAUUCCACAAUCAAAGAAAUUCACGUUUUUCACGGAUCAAAUAUCACCAACGUACUACGUCCACCCGAAGGAAAACACGUUUAAAUUUGAUAUAACAACUCCAAUUAACGCAGGGGAUACAGACGUCUUCUCAUCGUUGGACACCAUGUUGGCUUUAUAUCUUGAACUUCCCCAACAAAACAACGUGUUCUACCCGACGUCUGAAAUUCCGAAUUUGUAUGGAGUUUGCCUUUUAUCGAAAAAUGACGAUUUGAUAUCGACCUUUUUGCAUUACAAAAAUAGAAUGGGACUGAUAGUCUGGAAAGUCAACUUAUUGAACAAUAUGGCGUCAAUAACACAAGUGAAGUGUGUUGAGGGGAUACGUGGGGAUACCUGUGAUCUACGUUCAUCAGUUCCGCUCAAGUUUGUGUCGAUCUUUGGAGACGACAAGAAGUCCCCCUUGUCGACAAUAGUCUUGUGGUCCAAUUUUGUCAUUUCGCUGACGCGCUAUAACAAAAAUGUCCCCACGGAAAUCAUAGGGGACAACGCACACUCGUUUGUGUUGCCAUUUUUCAAUAUUCUGUUGAUCGAACAAAGCAACACGGUGACUAUGAGACACUUGGAUUCACUGUUUUACACAUUCAACAUUCCAAUAAAGAAACCAUUGAUGCUUAGCAAUUUGCCACACUUAACCAUCAUCACUGCAGUGGAAGAACCACCACUCUUCGAGACACAAAUUAGCGCAAAGCCACAACCCAUCCGUCCCAGUGGAGUUGAAAGUGAUUUAAAUGUAUCACUGAAUUCUUCACAGAACAUUUCACAAUAUAACUCAUUAACACAGUCGCCUGGAAUUUCUCCACUCACCCCAGUCACUCCAAAAACACCGAUGUCGUUCUCCCCUAUCGCAAACACAUUUGUCCCACUCAAAACACCAAAUUUACUGAGCGACAAUGAGUUCAUUUCUAGUCUUAUUCUAAGUCCAAGGAAAGGCCAAAAGGUCCAACAAAAAGACGAGCG